UACGCAGUGUACGCACCACACAGAGUGGAUAUAUAAUCGACUCAUCGGAGGGGACACCAGCAACCUCGUCUGCUACAAGGACUAAGGUCGGGCGGUCAACGAGGGGGUUACACACUUUUGUGGUAAACACAGGGUGACAAUGGCGAGCCUGCUAGGGGGGCUCGCCCGUGUGGCGACGUCGCUGCUCGUUGGUUCCGUGGAGGUCGUCCAGCUGCAGUGCCUGCGCUUCCGUUCGAUGCGGGCUUCCCGCAGAAUCCGGGGCUAUCCCCGGCCCCUGGUCAAGGGUGUCGUGCGGCCGGAGCCCAUGAAGUACGGCUUCAUUCCCAUCCUGCCUGAGGACGGCGUCUACACCACCGAGAAACUCCCCAUCCGCAAGCUCGCAGGCAGGCAUCCCGAGACAGGGCGCGUUGUGGUACGUACCAUCGGCGGUGGCAUGAAGCGCUGGUUCCGCUGGGUGGACUACAAGCGCCAGGCCCCGGCUAGCGGUGCCCCACUUGAGGAGCGCGUGUACCAGGUGCGGUACGACCCGUGCCGCACCGCCCGGAUUGCGCUGGUGGCUUCGGGAGACUCCAAGCGCUGGCUGGUGGCCACGGAGGGAACCAAGCCAGGAGACAUCAUCAGGACCUCAGGGGACAUCCCCAGGAUCCCGGUGCGCCCCCGCGAUGGCGACGCCCACCCCUUGGGAGCCCUGCCGGUGUCCACCCUGGUGCACCACGUGGAAAAGUACCCGGGGGACGGAGGCACGCUGUGCCGCGCUGCGGGUGCCUCGGCCCAGCUGCUACGCAAGGUGGACGGCCGGGUGAUCCUGCAGCUGCCUUCCAAGCGCCAGGUGUCCCUGAGCGAGCUGUGCAUGGCCGUCGUGGGACAGGUGUCCAACGCCAACCGCAUGGAGACCUUUUACCCCAUCGGCAGCCCCAACCGGCUGCGUCGGCUCGGCAAAAGGCCCCAGUCCGGCUUCUGGCACCGCAAGGACGGCUACUGCGGCCGCAAGGUGCGGCCGCUGCCCCCGGUCAAAGUCUACCCGUUGCAGAGGCCCACCCUCCUUCAGUAAAACUGUUUUUCUCGUCAACA